AUGAAGUUGAGUGCGAUGCUGGUCGCCGUCGCGGCGGGAUCUGCGAUGGCCGUCCCUCACCACCGAAAGAGGGCAUCUCCCUUCCAGUGGUUUGGUGUCAAUGAAUCUGGAGCCGAGUUCGGCGAAAACAACCUUCCCGGGGUCUAUGUAUGUCCCAAACCGAGACGCAGACUUUAUGAUACUAAUCCGCGCUUCUGCUCUAAGGGAACCGAUUACAUCUGGCCUGAACCCUCUGCGAUCAGCACCCUGGCGAAAGCCGGAAUGAACAUCUUCCGGGUCCAGUUCAAGAUGGAGCGAUUGACACCGGAUGGCAUGACGGGUGCCUACAACGAGGAUUACCUGGCCAAUUUGACCGCGGCGCCCAUGCCAUCCUUGAUCCCCACAACUAUGGACGAUUUCAUCAGCCUACAAGCCGAUUCGCAGCAUGUCGAUCCUGACGCCCCAGACAACGAGUACAACACCAUGGACCAGGAACUGGUUUUGAACCUGAACCAGGCCGCCAUCGACGGCAUCCGCGCCGCCGGCGCGACGGAACAAUACAUCUUCGUGGAGGGCAACCAGUGGAGCGGCGCAUGGAGCUGGGUCGACGUCAACGACAACAUGAAGGCCCUGACCGACCCCCAGGACAAGAUCAUCUACGAGAUGCACCAGUACCUGGACUCGGACAGCUCCGGCACGUCGGAGACGUGCGUGUCGGGCACGAUCGGCCAGGAGCGCGUGAGCUCGGCGACGCAGUGGCUCCGGAGCAACGGUAAGAAGGGCAUCAUCGGCGAGUUUGCCGGGGCCAGCAAUGAUGUGUGCCGCACCGCGGUGACGGGCAUGCUCAACUACCUGUCGAACAACACUGAUGUGUGGACGGGCGCGGUCUGGUGGGCGGCUGGUCCCUGGUGGGCUGACUACAUGUUUAACAUGGAGCCUCCGAGCGGACCGGCGUACACUGGCAUGCUGGACGUUGUGCAGCCGUUUAUGGUUGCUUAG